AACACAUCGAACGACAAACGUGUUGUCGUAUUAAACAGUAUCUUCUUCGUCUCCAGCGACAAUUUUUUUUCUUUUAUUACAUUCCUCCGGUCGCGUCGCCAUGAUCGUCGACUUCUCUACCUUCAUCCUCUUCGUCUCUGUCUUCGCUUCCUCAGCUAACGCCAAGGCCACCUUAUCAAUCUCCCCCAAAACUCUAAACCGAUCCGGCGAUUCCGUCGUCAUCCAAUGGUCCAACGUCGAGUCUCCCUCCGAUCUAGACUGGCUAGGCAUCUACUCACCCCCAGACUCUCCUCACGACCACUUCAUCGGCUACAAGUUCCUCAACGUCUCGCCGACGUGGAAAUCGGGCUCCGGCACCAUCUCCCUCCCUCUCACCAACCUCCGAUCAAACUACACCUUCCGGAUCUUCCGAUGGACGCAAUCCGAGAUCAACCCGAAGCGCAUGGACCACGACCAGAACCCUCUGCCGGGGACCAAGCACCUUCUGGCGGAAUCGGAGCAGGUGGGUUUCGGAUCCGGCGGCGUCGGGAUGCCGGAGCAGAUCCAUCUGGCGUUCGAGGACAAGGUUAACAGGAUGCAGGUCACGUUCGUGGCUGGGGACGGUGAAGAGCGGUUCGUGAGGUACGGGGAGGCGAAGGAUGGGUUGGGAAACUCCGCGGCGGCGCGUGGGAUUAGGUACGAGAGAGAGCAUAUGUGUAAUGCUCCGGCUAAUUCCACCGUCGGAUGGAGAGAUCCCGGGUGGAUUUUUCAUACCGUUAUGAAGAAUUUGAACGGUGGCGUUAGGUACUACUAUCAGGUUGGGAGUGAUUCAAAGGGAUGGAGUGAGAUCCACAGCUUUAUAGCUCGAGAUGUCUACUCAGAAGAAACCAUAGCUUUCAUGUUCGGAGACAUGGGUUGCGCCACGCCUUACACCACGUUUAUCCGGACGCAGGACGAGAGUAUAUCCACGGUGAAGUGGAUCCUACGUGACAUCGAAGCUCUUGGUGACAAGCCGGCUCUCGUUUCACACAUUGGUGAUAUAAGCUAUGCUCGUGGCUACUCGUGGGUGUGGGAUGAGUUCUUUGCUCAGAUCGAGCCUAUUGCCUCGAGAGUUCCUUACCAUGUCUGCAUCGGUAACCACGAGUAUGAUUUUCCUACUCAGCCUUGGAAACCUGAUUGGGGAACGUAUGGUAACGAUGGUGGUGGUGAGUGUGGUGUGCCGUAUAGUCUCAAGUUCAACAUGCCUGGAAACUCAUCGGAACCCACCGGAACGAAAGCUCCUCCGACGAGGAAUCUGUAUUAUUCUUACGAUAUGGGGUCGGUUCAUUUUCUUUAUAUCUCCACUGAGACGAACUUUCUUAAAGGAGGGAGUCAGCACGAGUUCAUAAAGCGAGAUCUUGAGUCUGUGAACAGGAACAAAACACCGUUUGUCGUCGUGCAAGGACACAGACCGAUGUACACUACGAGCAACGAGGUUAGAGACGCUAUGAUUAGACAAAAGAUGGUGGAGCAUUUGGAACCGCUGUUUGUGGAGAACAACGUGACGCUUGCUCUGUGGGGACAUGUUCAUAGAUACGAGAGGUUCUGUCCUAUAAGCAACAACACUUGCGGCAAACAGUGGAGAGGAAGCCCGGUUCAUCUAGUGAUCGGUAUGGGUGGUCAAGACUGGCAACCGAUUUGGCAGCCGAGACCGAACCAUCCAGGGCUUCCUAUAUUCCCUCAGCCUGAACAGUCCAUGUACCGAACAGGUGAGUUUGGGUACACUCGUCUAGUUGCAAACAAAGAGAAGCUCACUGUUUCUUUUGUGGGUAACCACGACGGGGAAGUCCAUGAUGCUGUCGAGAUGUUAGCAUCUGGGGAAGUAAUCAGUGGGAAUAAAGAUGAUACUGUUAAGACCGUGCCUGCAUCUGCAACACUUGUGGGAAAAUCAGAAUCUAAUGUCUCAUGGUAUGUCAAAGGAGCAGGCUUGUUGGUUAUGGGUGUGCUGUUAGGGUUCGUUAUAGGGUUUUUUACCCGGGGAAAGAAAGUAUCUACAUCUGAUAACCGUUGGAUCCCAGUCAAGAACGAGGAGACAUGAUAUUAACCAAGUGAAUCUAUUUCGGGGCACGAUUUGUAUAGUAUAUAUCUUUGUGAGAACCGUGCUUUGCACACUGUAAUAAUAUUGAAUUCUUGCAAGUC